CGUCCUGCUGCUGGUGCUCUUCGCAGCGCAAGGAUGUUUUACAUCUAAGGCAGAGGACAGACUAUUUCGGAGGUUGUUCAGGAGGUAUAACCAGUUCAUCCGACCUGUGGAGAAUGUAUCUGACCCCGUCACAGUGGAGUUCGAGGUCUCCAUAUCUCAGUUGGUCAAAGUGGAUGAGGUCAAUCAGAUUAUGGAAACCAAUCUGUGGCUGAGACACGUCUGGAAUGACUACAAACUCAAAUGGACUCCUGUAGAGUUUGAUGGGAUUGAAUUCAUACGAGUUCCUUCAAAUAAAAUUUGGAGGCCAGAUAUUGUCUUGUACAACAAUGCUGUCGGUGACUUUCUUGUGGAAGACAAAACCAAGGCUCUGCUGAAGUUCGAUGGUACCAUCACCUGGGUUCCUCCAGCCAUUUUCAAAUCCUCCUGCCCCAUGGAUAUCACUUACUUCCCCUUUGACUACCAGAACUGCUCCAUGAAGUUUGGCUCCUGGACCUAUGACAAGGCUAAGAUCGACCUGGUGCUGAUUGGCUCAAAGGUGAACCUGAAAGACUUCUGGGAAAGUGGAGAGUGGGAGAUCAUUGAUGCACCAGGAUACAAGCACGACAUUAAGUACAACUGCUGUGAGGAGAUCUACCCAGACAUCACCUACUCCUUCUACAUACGCCGCCUGCCUCUUUUCUACACCAUCAACCUCAUCAUCCCCUGCCUGCUCAUCUCCUUCCUCACCGUUCUAGUCUUCUACCUCCCAUCUGACUGUGGCGAGAAGGUCACCCUGUGUAUCUCAGUCCUCCUGUCCCUCACUGUGUUCCUGCUGGUCAUCACUGAAACCAUCCCUUCAACGUCCCUCGUCAUCCCUCUGAUUGGGGAGUACCUCCUCUUCACCAUGAUUUUUGUCACGCUCAGCAUUGUCAUCACUGUGUUUGUGCUGAAUGUCCACUAUCGCACCCCCAUGACUCACACUAUGCCAGAGUGGGUGAGGACUGUGUUCCUCGGGGUGCUGCCCAGGGUGAUGCUGAUGAGGCGGCCUAUCGACCAGGGCUGCUCCUCGCCUGCGAUUACAGCAGGAGGAGGGGGCAUGGGAGGGAACAAGAACAGAAAGAACAGCAUAGGGGGAGGAAGUAGCUCCACAAGUGUUAGUGUCGGGGGCAUAACUGGUGGGGUACCAUGUCCGUCGGUGGACGGUGGUGCAGGAGGGGGGUCUACUUCAGCUGGUGGUCCCAUGAACUGUGUGGAGUAUGGUGACCUGAACCGGGAUAAGAAGCGGGAUUUAAACAGAAGGUUUCCCUACAGAGGCAAGGAGGUGCCCACUCCUGUCCCUCCUCCGAUGGUACCACCGCCACCUCCACAGGCACCCCAGAGCCAGGGGCCCCAGGAUUCAGAGCUGCCCAAGCUGCCGAGGCAACUGAAUACACCCUCACCAGUUAACGCUGUUGUUGCCUUCUCUGUGGUUUCACCUGAGAUCAAGCAGGCCAUCGAGAGUGUGAAGUACAUUGCAGAGAACAUGAGGACUCGCAACAAAGCCAAAGAGGUGGAGGAUGACUGGAAAUAUGUGGCCAUGGUGAUCGACAGGAUCUUCCUGUGGGUUUUUGUGAUGGUGUGUGUGCUGGGAACACUGGGACUCUUCCUCCAGCCACUCAUCAGCUUCAUGAAAUGAAGCACAUUCUCACUUCUCUUUCUCUCUUUUUGACUUCUUCUGCCCGUCUCCUCCCCCCUCGUUUGAAUUGCUCUGGGAAUUACACCUCCUGCAGCUCUUUCACAUCACAGAGCUGAGAUGUCUUCUUUCUCUCUUUCUGGCUUUUUGUCUCUCCUCUUCCUGCGGCUUCUCUUCAAUCACCUAUCAAUUCUAGCAUUUAUCUCUCCAUUUCCUUGUAUGACUUCUCAUUUCCCCAUUUCUCUUUUGCCUUGCCCCUUCAAUUUGCACACCGUGCUGUUAUCCAGUCUCCUCCUCCUCAUUUUUUUGCUGAAACAAUUACUACAUCUGUUUCCUUUUCCUUGCUCUUUCUCUUUUUUUCUCUAGUGCCAUGGUUUGACCUGUCACUGCCUGCAGCUUAUCUUGCUCUCAUUGUGUCUGUUAUUCUCUCUGUUUUAUACUGUGUUUAUCUCAAUAUGUCCACUUUAUCAUCACUAUUGCUUAUACUAUGUUUAACAAUGAUGAAUUAUUUUAGUUGGUAUUAUAAUUACCAUGCAAGAAUCUGUCAACAUUCAGAUCAUUGAGGGGGAAGGACUCAAAUGUUUUUUGUUUUUCAGAACCACUGACAUUUUAAACCAUUACAACUAAGACAAACACUUGAGAAAUAUAGUGCUGUAUAUCAGUGUUUAAUGUCUUAUAAAAACAAACACUUCAGUUUGUUGGACAGCUUUUUAUAGGGAUGUAAUGAUACCUCACUGUACAAUUAAAACUCAGUACUAACAUGGACAAUUUAAAUCAAUUUGUCCAAAAUAUAUAUUGCUAAUCCAUUCUUAAACCAACAGAGGGUGUUCUUAAUAUGUUUUCAACCUCAGGAUUAAAAAGUAUUACUUAAAACUGAUGGAUGGUAUAAAAAAUGUUGGUAUUCAGUACGUUACUGGUGUUUCUUGAUGUUUGGUAUUUGUAGGUCAAAUAUGGCACAGUGUCAAUGGUGAGGUCAGACAGCUGACUCCACUCAUUUAUUCAGUUUUACACAGCCCAAGCCACAGCAAUGAGAGAAAAGCAUGUCUGUUACCAAUAACAACUACAGCGAGUCAUCCACUGUAAUCUGCGUCCUGCACAGUUGAGCAGCACGGGCUAGCGAUGUCUCCCAUGGAGCAGGUCACCAAGCACCUCAGUGACAAACACACAGACAUGUUCACUGGUUCGCUUGAGUUCUAGCUGGCUGGCCCAUUAGUAGGAAGAUGAUGGGCAGCAUUAGCGUAACAGUUGCAUGUCGCUAUAAAGCCUACCCAGCAUCAUAAAUAGUAUGUAAUAGAGCCAUGCUCGAAAUGUGAGAUCAUAAACGACAAAUGUGGGACACUUAAGCUGUUUGGUGUCUCAUUUGUGUGCUUUUAAAAUGACCGAACACCUAAAUAGCUUGUAUAUACAGUGUUUAACAAAUUUAUUAGACCACCCUAACCCUAACCAAAGUAAGGUUUAUGCCACAGCUGCCCUAAAUUAACAGCAUUGGUAAUUACCAAAAUCAUUUUUUAUGUUUCUGCAAUGGUUAAUACACCAAUAUGUGGAAGCUCUUUAACCCAUAUGCCCAUUAUAUAACCCAUAUUAAUGCUAAAAUAUAAAUAUUAUUGUUAUCCAUGAAUUUUUAAAUUUACUGAUUCCCA